AUGGAUUACGAUGAAGAUGAAUUAGACUACAACUCGCAAGACGAGCUAGACCAAUUUGAGGAAGAUAAAUUAACGAAUGAAGAAUACGAAUUACUACAUGAACUAUUGCCCCAAUUGAAAGCAAAGUUGAAGUCUUUUAAUGACGACAUACCGGAAUUAGCAUUGAAAGAAGCUCUCUACUUCAACUACUUUGAACUAGAGCCAUCAAUUGAAGAACUAAAGUCCAAUUUUAAGAAAAAAAUCACGAAGGUGCAAAAUAACUUCAACAAGCCAUCACCUGAUGACGAGAUUCUAAAUGCACAGAAACAAGCAUUCGAAGGGGUUGGAAACUUGAAGAUUGACGAAGCACCAAAGGAGAAAAGCGCAAGUAAAGUUAAAGAAACCAAACCGUUAAAGAAGGUUGACAUUGACAAAGAAUUAACGAGUAACCCGCAAUUCAGCAAACCUCACAAAUCCUUUGUCGUUAUUGGCCAUGUCGAUGCAGGAAAGUCAACACUUAUGGGAAGACUAUUGUUCGAUUAUGGUAUAGUCGACGCCAAAACAGUCAACAAACUAGUUAAAGAGAGUGAGAAAAUAGGUAAAGGUUCUUUUGCUUUGGCAUGGAUUAUGGACCAGACAGAAGAAGAGAGAAGUCAUGGAGUUACUGUAGACAUCUGUGCUACUGAUUUUGAAGUUGAAAGUACUAAAUUCACUGCCAUUGAUGCUCCUGGUCACAGAGAUUUUGUUCCACAAUUGAUAGGCGGUGUUUCCAAUGCAGACUUUGCCUUAUUGGUAAUCGAUUCGAUAACUGGUGAGUUUGAGGCAGGAUUUGCUUUAGAUGGACAAACGAAAGAACACACAAUAUUAGCCAAGAACUUGGGAAUUGAAAAGAUUUGUGUUGUUGUAAAUAAGAUGGAUAAGGAGAAUUGGAGUGAAAAUAGAUUCGAAACAAUAAAGACCCAAAUGUUGGAGUUUUUGACUAGCCUGGGUGUGGAUUUCAAACCAGAGCAAAUUGAUUUUGUUCCGAUUUCGGGACUAACUGGCAAUAAUGUGGUAAAGAGGGACCAAUCUAUUGAGCCUUUCAAAUGGUACACAGGUCCCACAUUAGCACAAUACAUUGAAAAUGUUCCAUUGGCAACAAUCAGUGAAACGAAUAUAUCCCAAGAGCCAUUCUAUCUCUCGGUUCAUGACGUCUAUAAAGAUAAAGGUGAUUUGAAAGUGAUUGGUAAGAUAAACAGCGGGUUUAUACAGACAAGAGAGACUGUUGUGUUCCACCCAAGUGGAGAGAGGUUGCAAGUACUGUCCAUACUAGUAUCUCAACAAACAGUUGAUUUUGCAAUUGGUGGUCAAUUGGCUACUUUGUUGUUCAAAAGUAGUCAGGUGUCUAAUGACUCAGCAGAUAUUGUACGUAUUGGAGAUGUUGUGUCAAAGGUACAAUCAUCGAUUAAAACUGUGAAAAAAUUCAUUGCAUCUGUUAACUUGUUCAAUAUAGACAAACCACUUUUGGUAGGUAUGCCAUUUAUAUUAUUCAGAAACAGCAGUCAAGUCCCUGCCAGAAUUACCAAUAUUAUUGAAAUCACAGACUCGACCAAGAAGAAGAAAAAGAGGCUUUUACACUUGACUUCAAAACAAAAUGCAAUUGUCGAAAUUGAGGUUGAUGGCGGUGCGUCAUUACCAUUGACUACCUACGAGGACAAUGCAAAAUUGGGCAGAAUAGUUCUUCGUAGAGAAGGGCUCACAAUAGGGGCAGGAAAAGUAACUGAAAUUAGAUUGAGUAGCCACUAA